AGGUAUUAUGGAGCUAGUCUUUGCAUAUUCGAGAGAGGAAGUCUCUUUUUUUUUGUUUUUCACAGACAAUUUUUCCAGGUUCGAAUCCAAAACUAACAAGCAGAGUGGCGAAUAAAACUAGUUAUGCCCGGUGAGAUCAGAACCCUAAACCAAAGAAAAGAGUGAUGAUGGUGAAGAGACGAGAUGUAAGAAGGCACGUGGAGAUGAGGAGGCAGCCAAUAAUGCAAUCAAAUUCAGACUUGGCUUGAUGAGUCCUGUUUUGUCCUAUAAAUACAAAGGAAGGACCAAAACCCCAUUCGCUCAUCGUUUUCCUUACAGCCCCCUCUAGUCAUCCUCCUUUCUUCACUUCUUACGUGCAGCAGCAGAGCUAAGUGCCCAAUACAACAACAACAACAAGAAGACGAUGGCCAAAUCCUUGAAUUUAUCAGCAUCACCUUCAACACCCACCCUUUCUCUCUCUUCUUCUUCUAAAUACUCUACCCUCCUCGAAACCCCAACUACCCUUUCCUUCCCUUUAUCUCGCCACCACUCCCACUCUCACUCUCUAACCGUAAGAUCCUCCUCCUCCUCCUCCUCUGCUACAACCACCGCUACCCCAACUUCCACCACCUCUUCCAACCAAUUCCGAGUAGACAUACUAUCAGAAUCCCUACCUUACAUCCAGAAAUUCAGGGGCAAAACCGUUGUCGUCAAAUAUGGUGGCGCUGCCAUGAAACAACCUGAACUCAAAGCCUCUGUUGUGAGCGACCUUGUCCUCCUCUCCUGUGUUGGUCUCCGCCCUGUUUUAGUCCAUGGUGGCGGCCCAGAAAUCAACCACUGGCUAAAACUCCUCAACAUUGAGCCUCUCUUCCAUGAGGGUCUCCGCGUUACUGAUGCCAAGACCAUGGAGAUUGUGUCUAUGGUAUUGGUUGGAAAGGUCAAUAAAGACCUUGUUUCUUUGAUCAAUAAGGCUGGUGCCACCGCGGUUGGCCUUUCUGGCAUGGAUGGCCGCCUUCUUAUGGCCAAACCAACUCCUAACUCUGCUAAACUAGGGUUUGUUGGAGAGGUUGCACGCGUAGACCCCACUAUUUUGCAGCCUCUUGUUAAUAAUGGGCAUAUACCAGUGAUUGCGUCUGUGGCGGCCGAUGAGUUGGGUCAGUCUUAUAACAUCAAUGCUGACACUGUGGCAGGGGAGGUGGCUGCGGCAUUGGGGGCGGAGAAGCUGAUAUUGCUGACUGAUGUGGCGGGGAUACUUGAAAACAAAGAUGAUCCAGGGAGUUUGGUGAGGGAGAUUGAUAUAAAGGGGGUGAAGAAAUUGAUUGAAGAGAAGAAAGUGGGAGGUGGGAUGAUACCAAAAGUGAAUUGUUGUGUGGCGUCACUUAGUCAAGGUGUUAGAACUGCUAGUAUUAUUGAUGGAAGAGUACAACAUUCUUUGCUUCAUGAGAUUAUGUCUGAAGAAGGCAUUGGUACUAUGAUUACUGGCUAACCCACUGUUCUGUUUUUGGUUGCUUGUCUGUUUGAUUGUGGAAGAAUAAUGACUCAAUGCUAGAGCUCUGUACUUAUCAAGUGAAGUCUUUCUUUGAUGUUUGUUGUUUUUGCUUGAUGGGUUUCUAUUAAAUUUAUUUCUUUGCUUGUCAA